CUUCGAAUGGAAACAAGGAUGGGAGGAUUAAUAGCCAAUGAUGGCUGCGGAUACUAAAAGCUUGAUCAGAACGAUAUGAUCUAGUGACGUAUAGUGCCGUGCCAUAUACCCCCAGUCUUAUGUAUCUCCAUUUACCCCGAAUUGGAGAAAUAUGCGGAUGCCCUGAUAUCAACUAACACAGCAGCACAUAUACAUGGCCAUUAAUCCUAACAUAAUACCAUUAACAGAAGCUUCCUAGUCAUUACCAUUCAACGGCCAUUGGAUUCAAUGAAAACACAGACAACAAUCCCGAAAAUGCGUCCCCGCCUAUCCCUCCCUCCCCUCCCCCUUCGACUUCACCAUCACCACCACACCCUCCGCACCUACACAACACAACCCCCCAAACCCCCCUCCAAUCCCAGCACACCACCGCAACCCAACCUCCGCCACAACCGCCUCAUCCUCGCCCUCACCGGCGCAACCGGCUCCAUCUACGGCAUCCGCACCCUCACCACCCUGCACCAACUCAACAUCCAAACACACCUAAUCCUCUCCAAAUGGGCCCUCCCGACCCUCCGCUACGAAGCUCCCCAAUACACCCUCCCGUACCUCAACACCCUCGCAACCUACACUCACUCACCCCGCGACCUCGCCGCCCCCAUAAGCAGCGGCAGCUACCCAGUGGACGGAAUGAUCAUCGCGCCCUGCAGCAUGAAGACCCUGGCGGCAAUCCGCAUGGGGUACGGCGAGGACUUGAUCUCGCGGGCCGCGGACGUGUGCAUCAAAGAGGGAAGGAAAUUGGUGCUGAUGGUGAGGGAAACACCGUUGAGUGUGAUUCAUCUGGAGAAUAUGGCUGCGUUGGCGAGGUUGGGGGUUGUUAUCUUUCCUCCAGUGCCGGGGUUUUAUACGAGGCCGAAGGGAAUUGAUGAGGUCGUGGGGCAUAGUGUGGCGAGGAUGUUGGAUGUGAUGGGGGUGAAUGUGGGUGAUAUUGGGGUGGAUGGGAGGGAGGGGGAUGGGGAUAAAGAGGGGGGUAGUGGUGGAGGAGGGGUUAUGCCGGCGGAGGGAAGGUGGGUUGGGUGGAGGAAGUGAGGACUGAAGGGGAUGGGCGGGAUAUGUGGCUACGGGGACUUUAUCUAGCUCCAGGUGUGUGGCUAAGCAGAGGGUAAGGUAACUCUUCUAGUGCUAAUGAUAUGUGUGAUGAGGAGUACGUGAGUGAUAUAGAGUCCUAUGUUUCUCAUUUUUGUAAUAUAAUAUGGGGGUAUCAGCACCUGUUAAUCAGGGUUCUUAUAAACAAAUAGACAAUAUUCAAGCUGGUUAGCUGAGGCAC